AUGGCAACACAAUCUCGAACACCAGACCGCUCAACUACUCUCCAUUUUGCUGUGGAUUCUUCUAAAAUAUUAUAUCUUGAACCUUAUUAUGGUGGCUCUCAUAAGCAGCUGAUUACCUUGUUACAAAGAGACUAUGAAGGUGAUAUCUAUUCUCUUCCAGCCAGUAAGUGGCACUGGAGAAUGAGAACUUCAGCAUUGUAUUUUGCAGAGCAAUUACCUCAAGAACAUCAAUACAAGAUACUCUUUGCUAGCAGUGUACUUAAUUUGUGUGAGUUAGUAGCUCUUCGGCCUGAUUUGAAUAAACUCCAUAAGAUACUCUACUUUCAUGAAAAUCAACUUAUCUAUCCUGUUAGAAAACAACAAGAGAGAGAUUUUCAAUAUGGAUAUAAUCAGAUACUAUCAUGUCUUGUUGCCAAUAAAAUCGUCUUUAAUUCUCAUUUCAAUAUGACAUCAUUUCUUGAAAACAUUGAUCCAUUGAAAUUGAUGCCAGAUUUUCGACCUAGUGGUCUGUUUGAUAAGAUCAGACCAAAAUGUAGUGUGUUGUAUUAUCCACUGGAAAUACCAGAACAAGGAAAACAUGACAAAGGACCAGAAGAGUUGUGCCUCAGUACUGCAAAAAUUGUUGACAUAUUUCCUAUGUUGGGACCUCGUCUUCUCCACUGUGGACCAGUCAGCAAAGAAGAUUAUUGGAGUGUACUCCAUGAAGCUGAUGUAGUCAUAUCAACAGCUAAACAUGAGUUUUUUGGUGUAGCAAUGUUAGAAGCAACUUGUUGUGGAUGUUAUCCACUAUGCCCUAACAGAUUGGUCUAUCCUGAAAUCUAUCAGAACAAAUGUUUAUAUAACACCGAACAACAAUUGUUUAAGAAGUUAAGAAACUUGUGUCAAAGACCCUAUCUUGCUCAAAUAUUAUAG